GAGCUACCCGCCACCGAAAAAUGACUAGUGGUAAGCUGUUCCGGGCAAUCAUUAUGGGCGCUCCUGGGUCGGGCAAAGGAACUGUGUCCUCACGCAUCGUGCACGGCUUCAAUCUGCGGCACAUCUCGAGCGGCGAUCUGCUGCGGUUGAAUAUCGCGAGAGACACGGAGCUGGGCCGGAUCGCCGAGAAGUACAUCAAGGAUGGGAAACUGGUGCCAGAUAUUUACAUAACAAAGUGUAUUUUAAGUGAGCUCGAACAAAUCAAAACGCACUCGUGGCUCUUGGACGGGUUCCCGAGGACACGUGAACAGGCGGACGAUCUGUGGGAGCAAGAGCGUAUCGAUUCCGUAAUUAACCUGGACGUGCCGUUUGAAGUGAUAGUUGACCGCAUACAGAGCCGCUGGGUUCACCUGGCGAGCGGGCGGGUAUACAACGUGGGAUUUAACGACCCGAAAGUGCCGGGCCGCGAUGAUGUGACCGGCGAACCGCUAAGCCAACGGCCGGACGACAAUCCGGAGGCCGUCAGAAAGCGGCUCGAAAUAUACGAUGCUUGCACCAGGCCGAUUAACGAGUACUUUGACCAGAAAGGCGUUUUGGCCACGUUCAAGGGAAGUACCACCGACGAAAUUUGGCCGCAUGUGAAGAAAUAUCUGGAAACAAAAUUAAGCUAAGCUAUUCGCCUGCAUAUUGUGCUGUACUGGGCCAUUCGACUUAAAAUGUUGCCUGCAAAUUGGUGCUAUUUAAUUCCAUUGGGCAGUCGUUCAAAGAUAGCGAGCGACCUGGUUGCAGAUAAGAUAAGGAACAUAUUUUUGAACGUUGCCUCGAUAUUGGGCAGUUCGCGUAAUUCCAAAAGUAACGACAAUAACAAUGUACA